GCAUUCAACAGGAGCACAAAACAAAUGCUCGAUACAUCACAGAAGGCAGAAUUGCCCAAAAAUGACCUCUGACUCCGUCGACCCGUACAUCUUCACCUCUGACACUCUGCCCUCCGACCCUCGCUUCAUGCCACCACUGGCCAACGGGCUGCUGGGAUGGAGAGUGUUUGAUUCAGUUAUGCAUAUGGGCGGGGUUUAUAACGGAGAAGGCGGGACUUGUCACCGUGGCAACAUUCCAUGUCUGCUGGCAGUUCAAAUGAAGAUGGCAGAAGUGGGACGACACACGUACAGGUUAGACAUGCGCACAGGUGUUUUCUCUCAUACCAUGGUCACACCUCAUUUUGAGGCCGCUCAGGUUUUGUACGCUCACCGGCAGCAAUCAAACCUCCUGGUCAUGGAGGUUCUCCUCAAGCGCUCUGAAACCAGCGCUGAACCAAUCACGAUUCAGCUAGAAAGUUCUUUCAAGCCCCUGCGCGAUGACAUUGUUUUCCAGAAUGCACCGGACUACAAGGGUGGGAGGCAUGUUUUUGGACAGACCAUCUCUGCAGAGGUUCCUGGAGGAAUCCGUCCAUUUGUGCACCUGAUCUGGACACCCAUCGCAUCCACUCUUACCCUCCCAUCCGACCAGAGCCAGUUCAGCUGGGUUUUCCUGGUUGCCGUUGCCGGUAGCGAUGAGAGCGUCCAGUCGUGUUAUGAUACUGGUUUGGGACUUAUUGAUACUGGCGACUUACGCGCUUCUCACCUGCGAAGCUGGGCGGAGCUUUGGAAGGGGAGCAGCAUAGAGGUGGAGGGAGCAGAGAGCCUGAACCGCGCUCUGAUUGGCUGCAUGUUUUAUCUUCUCAGCUCAUUCUCAUCUUUAAGUGAGGAGGCAAAUGCACCGUUUGAGUUUGGAGGUGUCAGUCCUGGGGGUUUGUCAAACGGGAGUGAAGAUGAGGAUUACCAUGGCCAUGUGUUCUGGGACCAGGACACAUGGAUGUACCCCAGUGUGGCCCUCUUUUAUCCCAGACUGGCCAGGGCUGUCCUGGAAUACCGUGUGGGAACGAUAGAAGGUGCCCGAGCAAACGCCCAGCAGAUGGGCUACAAGGGAUUGAAGUUUGCACGGGAGAGUGCGGUGACAGGUCAUGACGUUUGUCCAGAGGACAUUUACGCCGAGCAGGAGCUGCACAUCAAUGGAGACGUGGUUCUGGCUUUCCAGCAGUACUAUUAUCUCACGCAGGACCUGGAGAUGUUCAGGGAAGGACGGGGCAGUGAGGUGGUGUGGGGCGUCGCUGACUACUGGGUUUCACGGGUAACAUGGGAACCUACUAACCAGCAGUACCAUAUCAAAGGUGUGAUUCCUCCUGAUGAGUACUACUUCACUGUCGACAACUCCGUGUUCACCAAUGCUGUCGCCCAACGCAGCCUUCAGUUUGCCGUGGAGUUGUCUGGUCUGUUGGCGCACACGGCUCCUUCCGCUUGGCAGGACGUUGCUGAUAAGAUCAAAAUACCCUUUGACCCGGAACUGAAGUAUCACCCAGAGUUUGACGGCUACACGCAGGAGGAGUCUGGGAGUCAGGAGCCGUCCGCUCUUGAAGUUGUCCUGAAUACUGGAACUACAAUCCCGCUUACUCCAGGACAGCUAGUGAGGUUUCCGCGGCAGCCUGGUCAGAUCCGUAAAGUGAAUUCCGGUUCUUACGGCUGGCCUGUAUGA